AGAAGUGUUAUCGUGACAGGAACAAGCAGUGGCAUACACCCCACCAUUCUGCACAAUCAAGUCCACCAACAUCAACGGCUGUGGCGGCGACAACAUGAGCUCAUUGUACACCCUGCCUCCGCUUCGGAUGCUAUCAAUAUCCUCUGGUGCGGCGCCCUCAACCUCGAUGUUGCCAAGGAAUCUGCCUCCACCCUACCCAGACCGUCGGCUCCCUCCUCGCCACCCAAGCUGCGAAGAUCGAUCGAUGGCCUCCAACGACGACCAGAACAAGGUAAUCGUCGUCGGACUCUGCAAGAGUGUGGACGAUGCGGGGCUAAAGGACAUGUUCGACCGCUUUGGCGCUGUGGCCGAGGCCAAGGUCAUGGUAGACGACAAGAAGCACACGUCCUGUGGAUAUGGGUUCGUAACGUACACAAACGCUGCGUCUAAACACAAGGCCAUCAAGCACAUGCACCAGAAGUGCGUAGAUGGCGUGGUAUUGACAGUCAAGAAUGCGGGGGUCAACGCCGAUCGCCCAUCCAUCUCAGGCGGAUUGGGCAACUGUCGAACGAAGACCCCAAAGGAGGGACACACGAUCAAGGUGGAGCACGGCCUAGGACGUACGCACGGCGAGAACGACGACGACACAGUGUCCGAGACUGGCCACGUCUAUAGCGAGAACACUCGACCGAAUGUGGCCACGAGCGUCAGGUCCGAGGCGGACGACCACCACCACCGGGGCCACACACAAGAUGGCGCGGAUGAAGGCACCGCUCCAUGUUGUCCCGAGGAUGGCGAGCGCGCGACGCGGCUGGAGAAGGACCGCAUGCGCAAGACCAAGUACCGCAAGCAGAAAAUGGCCCAGGUGGAUGCGCUCAAAUACGAAGCGCAGAUUCUGGAGCAACGUCUGGAGAAACUCAAAGCCGACCACAGCAACCACCACAAAAAGGCGCGGCACAGUCAAGGGCGCGGCGCCAUGUGGCAGCAGAUUUGCGUCGCCGAGGCCGCCAACAAGCGCGACAGCUUAACCGAGCAGCAGAAUCUGUAUCGGUCGCUGGAAGAACACCUGCAUCUGGCCGUGUCCCUCAAGCGAAAGAUGACGUCGGCCAACGAUGUCCCGCUGUGUUUUGACCCGCGAGGACGACCGUCAGAGGCGUACUAUGCCCAGCAUUCGCUGGCCCGUCAUCCCGUCGCCCGCGUCCAAAGUGUGCACGCGAUGCUGGAUGCUCAAUUCCACCAGCUCGCAGAUACGUUUGUGGCCAAGUUGCCGACCGCCGACCACGACGGCACGUUUGGUCUGGUGUUGCAUCACGACGAGAUUUCAUUUUUGGAAACUAUCAAGUUUGGCGUCGUGUACGGUCGGGUGGUGGAUGUGGCCGAUCUUGUGUGGCGGCACCUGCUGGCGUCUCGAGGCUCCGGCACCAAGGUGGAAAUGCUCGACGACGAUGCGUGCUUUAUCCAAGCGCUGCAACACAACGACUCAGUGCCGACGGACACUCCUCACCAUUACAUUGCCAAGCGCUACGUCGAGCCCGGCCGCCAAGUGCUGCAGAGCCGCAACGUUCUCCACGACGCCCUGUGUCCCCAGCAAAACCCGUUCAAAGACCACAUGGUGUCGUGGGUGGUGGUCGAAGACAUGUCGCACCCCCAGGACAAGUACCCCACCACAUGCAUCCGGGGGUACUCACAGACGUGCCUUCGCUCGACGCGAAGCGCGUCCGUGCAAGAGUACAGCGUGUACAUGAACGACCUUACGAAGCGCAACGACAGCCUCAACAGCGACCUGCACCGGCGCUUUCGGUGUCUUGUGUUGAAUUAGUUAAACACCCAUAUUACUGUUAGUAUAUGGAGGAUUCGUCAGUC